ACAAUCUGGAAAAAUGGAAGAUUUGAUAGCAAAUUUGAGUAAAAGCCUUGGUUCAUUCUGCAACCACCUGCAAAGCAGCUGUGACGCUCUCAAGCAAUCAAUCGACCGCCGCCCCAUCCCUCUUGAUUCGGCUUCAUCGACGUUCGUUCAAUGCCUAAACCGCCGCGUUUCAACAGCCACCUCCGACCUCAACCUUCUCGAUUCCAUGUCCUUUGGCACCGUUUCUUUCGAGGAACUCUUAGGUCACUGUUAUCAGAUCUUUAACAAGAACCAAACAGAUCUUCUCGACCUUGAAGAUCGCCUCAAGCCUCUCGGUUACUUCCCUCAAGUUGAAAUUGAAUAUGAGGAGGAAGAGGAGAAUUUGGAUUCGAAGGAGAGUUCUUUCGCUGUCUCGAGUUCAGCUAUGAAGAGCUUGGAAGAAGAUCCUCUGUUUCUUGAUGAAUCACUGAGUCUAAAGAACUUUGGGCUCUCUGAUGUUUGUCUUGCCACUUUAGCAUCUCAAGCUGAUCAUAAGACUGAUGACUCUGACUUAUCUUUUGGAGAAAACAUGAAAUACAAUGGACAUAAACCUAUUAAGAUCGAGGGUACAUAUGAGCGUGCUACAGACACCUUCGAAUUAACUAAAGGAGAAAUGGAAAUUGACCUGAAUCCAAUUGAAGUGCUGAGGCCUGUAAUACAAGUAUCUAAGGAUGCUUAUGACAGUCUUCCUUCAUAUAUGACAAGCCUAGCAUCAUGGGAGGAUCUGCUGGCUGCUGUUGAGAAGAUCAACUCCAGUUUGAGCAAGAAAGAGAAAACAAAAGGAUAUAACUAUUUCCACCAAGAUGAAAUUGAAUCCUUGGAUUUGGGGCCUAAAGGACGAGCUUACUUGCUACUACUGGUGCGCAUGAAUCAUCUUGUCGUAGAGACCAUUAAUGGGCUGAUUUCUUAUCGAGUCCUGUAAAUUAGAUCUGAUGUGAUAGGCUUAAUCUGCUGCUUGUCGUGUAACACAAUAAAAAUGAUUGUAUUAUCGAUUUCUCCAUUAAUUUUUUUUAAUUGAAAGCGAUGAAAGAUUAAAGAUUAUGCCAGUCUGUUUUUCAAUUGAAAGGUUUAAGCGUACCUCCAAUUCACAAGGUACUAUUAUUCAUUUGAAGCUUUGAAAAUCCAUUCAAACUAAGCUUGAGAGCGAGAGAGAGAGAGAGAGAGAGAGAGAGAGAGAA